AUGGGAGAAGGGAACCAAACUUCUGUGGCUGAAUUUAUCUUGCUGGGACUUUCACAGGAUCCCAAGAUCCAGAUCUUGUUGUUCUGUGUCUUCCUGAUCAUUUACCUUCUUUCUAUAUUUGGAAACCUGUUGAUAAUAAUCCUUAUUCAAACUGACUCUCGACUUCAUACACCUAUGUACUUUUUUCUCAAGAAUUUGUCCUUUGCUGACCUCUGUUUCUCUACAAGCAUUGUACCCCAGAUGUUGGUCCACUUCCUUGUGAGAAAGAAAACCAUUUCCUUUUCUGGAUGUUCGAUACAGAUCAUUGUCUUCCUCCUAGCAGGGUGUACAGAGUGUGUACUGCUGGCAGUGAUGUCCUAUGAUCGCUAUGCAGCUGUGUGCAAGCCCCUGCACUACUCCACCAUCAUGACACAAAGCGUUUGUAUCCAGUUGGCUAUUGUGUCCUGGAUAACUGGGGCUUUUGUGUGUUCAGUGGACAGUGCAUUUACACUGUGUCUCCCCUACCAGGGAGAUAAUGUAAUUAAUCACUAUUUUUGUGAACCUCCCGCACUUUUGAAGCUGGCUUCAGCAGACACUUACAAUGCUGAGAUGGCUCUCUUUUCAAUGGGUGUGGUCAUCCUCCUGGCUCCUGUCUCCCUCAUCCUUGUCUCCUACUGGCAUAUCAUCUCCACUGUGAUCCGGAUGCAGUCUGGGGAGGGGAGGCUCAAGGUCUUCUCUACCUGUGGUUCCCAUCUUACUGUUGUGGUUCUCUAUUAUGGCUCUGGAAUAUUUGCUUACAUGAGACCCAAUUCCAAGACAAUGAAUGAAAAAGAUAAGGUCAUCUCAGUGUUCUAUUCAGUUAUGACUUCCAUGCUGAACCCUAUCAUUUAUAGCCUGAGGAACAAGGAUGUGAAAGGGGCUCUCAGGAAGCUGACAGGCUGA